GGUCCAAUUCUUUCGCUUCGACGGAUCAUACACUCUCAAGGCCAAUUCCACACAUCCAGAGCGGAACUUGCAGGACAAGAGCCUCAUAGCAAGCCCGUCGUCGCAUCUCCUCUCCUUCCCUUUCCUCUUGGCUCUGUUCGGUUCCGUGCUGUACUGUAUUGUAUUGUAUUCAAAAACAUGGCAUCCUCAAUGGCUAUGAGGAGACUGACCACUGGGUCAGCCUUCUCACGUACUGCGAGAUGUCAAGCGAGGACAUUUUCUUCGACGCCAUCUGUUUCCCGCAUCUUCGCCAACCAACCCCUACGAGCAAAGGAAGCUUCGGCACACGUUAGCAGCAAAUACCCCGUCAUCGACCACGAGUACGAUGCCCUCGUUGUCGGCGCGGGUGGCGCGGGUCUGCGAGCCGCCUUCGGUCUCGCAGAGGCCGGCUUCAAAACAGCCUGUAUCUCCAAGCUUUUCCCGACGAGAAGUCACACAGUCGCCGCCCAGGGCGGUAUCAAUGCCGCGUUAGGAAACAUGCACGAGGAUGACUGGAGAUGGCACAUGUACGACACCGUCAAGGGCUCGGAUUGGCUCGGCGACCAAGACGCCAUCCACUACAUGACCCGUGAGGCUCCCGCUUCCAUCAUCGAAUUGGAGAACUACGGUUGCCCCUUCUCGAGAACCGAGGACGGCAAGAUUUACCAACGUGCCUUCGGUGGCCAAUCGCAAAAGUACGGAAAGGGUGGCCAAGCAUACCGAUGCUGCGCUGCCGCCGACAGAACUGGACACGCCCUUCUGCACACCCUCUACGGUCAAUCGCUACGACACAGCACCGAAUACUUCAUUGAAUUCUUCGCCCUCGACCUGAUCAUGGAGGACGGCGAGUGCCGUGGUGUCUUGGCCUACAACCAGGAGGACGGCACCCUGCACAGAUUCCUCGCACAAAACACCGUCUUGGCUACCGGUGGUUACGGCCGUGCCUACUUCAGCUGCACAUCCGCACACACAUGUACCGGUGACGGUAUGGCCAUGGUUGCUCGUGCUGGUCUUCCCAACCAGGAUCUCGAGUUCGUCCAGUUCCACCCUACUGGUAUCUACGGAGCUGGCUGCUUGAUUACCGAGGGUUCCAGAGGUGAGGGUGGUUACCUGCUCAACUCCGAGGGUGAACGUUUCAUGGAGCGUUACGCCCCUACCGCCAAGGAUCUUGCCUCUCGUGAUGUUGUCUCCCGGUCCAUGACCUUGGAGAUCCGUGAGGGCCGUGGUGUCGGUCCCGAGAAGGAUCACGUCUACUUGCAGCUGAGCCACCUUCCCCCGGAGAUUCUAGCUGAGCGUCUGCCUGGUAUCUCCGAGACUGCCGCCAUCUUCGCUGGUGUCGACGUUCGCAAGCAGCCCAUCCCUGUCCUGCCAACUGUCCAUUACAACAUGGGUGGUAUCCCUACACGCUACACUGGCGAGGUCCUGACUGUCGACGAGAAGGGUGAGGACAAGGUCGUGCCUGGUCUGUUUGCCUGUGGCGAGGCUGCCUGUGUCUCCGUCCACGGUGCUAACCGUCUCGGUGCCAACUCUCUCCUGGAUCUGGUCGUCUUUGGCCGUGCCGUCUCGCACACCAUCCGUGACAACUUCACCCCCGGUACCAAGGCUAAGCCUAUUUCUGCCGAUGCCGGUGCUGAGUCUAUCGAGGUCCUCGACCAAAUCCGCAACUCCGCGGGUCCCAAGAGCACAGCUGAGAUCAGAUUGGCCAUGCAGAAGACCAUGCAGACCGAUGUCAGCGUCUUCCGUACCCAGGAGUCUCUGGAUGAGGGCGUCAAGAAGAUCCACGAGGUCGACCAGAUGUUCCCCCAGGUUGGUAUCAAGGACCGCAGCAUGAUCUGGAACUCCGAUCUCGUUGAGACCCUUGAGCUGAGAAACCUGUUGACCUGCGCUACCCAAACCACCAUCGCUGCUGCCAACCGAAAGGAGUCUCGUGGCGCUCACGCCCGUGAGGACUACCCCGACAGAGAUGACGAGAACUGGAUGAAGCACACCCUGACCUUCCAGAAGAAGCCUCAGGGUGAUGUUGAGCUCGGCUACAGACGUGUCAUUGGCACCACUCUGGACGAGAACGAGUGCAAGGCCGUCCCACCCUUCAAGCGUACGUACUAAGCCAUCGGAGAUUGUAUGUAAGAGAACAAGAGAACUAUAUGAAAUAGUCAAUGAUACCAGCUUCGUGGUAUGGAGCAAAGCACCUGCAUCUGGGGCCAUGAACGUUCUUGGGCAGGAAAAGUUAGCUGUGCGGAAGUUUGGGGUGGCACACUAUGGUUAAUCUGCGGUCCGGUGUAAGCCGCGAGGGCCCAGAUCUGUAUCUUAACUAGGCGCUAUUAUGUUGCUUUGUCUAUACAGGAAAGAAUGCAUUUGCGAUUUACGAGUUA